UUUGCUGAGAAUGUAAAUGGUUCAUCUCAUCCGCGUGUGUUGUGAGUGUGAAUCAGGGACAUCGUUCGCAUAAAUGCUUAGAAUAACGCUGCGCUUGACAAUAGCUUCUCGAAGCACUCUCAGCUGCAUUCUCAUCGUUAUUCGCAUUUGAAAGCAGUUGUGCGCGUGUGUAUGUGAAUUUGUUUCGCAUUGAUUGAUGAAAACUUCACGGAAGAACGGGUGAACGCCUCGGAACGACUAUGAUACCGUUUUCCGUCAUGAAAGGUCCAUGCUGGCUCGUCUACAGUAGUGUUUUACUUGUAACGACUGCGACACUCGUACUGUCUUGCCGUCAAAGCGAAUUCCGUUGCAACAAUGGCCGCUGCAUCUAUCUUAAUAAGGUCUGCAAUCUCGUCGACGACUGCGGUGACAAAAGUGACGAGCAACAGCAGUGCACACCAUGCAAUAAAACAUACUACGGCGAUGUUGGUAAAACGUAUGAUCUCGAGCUUCACCGGCCGAAAGAAGAUAAGGUGCCUUACGUUUGCAAGCUCACAUUCAGUGCCCCUGGCGGCAUCCUCGGUGACAUAGUCCAGCUGACGUUCGACAGCUUCACACUCGGCAAGUUCGUGUCGUUCACGUCGGCGGGAUGCCCGGACGGCUCGCUGCAGAUAUCGGAGAUGAAUCGGCCGGACGUGGGAGGCCACUGGUGUGGAACGACCUGGGGACCCGCCAUCUACUACAGCGAGACCGCCAGCGUCUCCAUAACUCUGAGGCUCUUCAGGCUCAGCAAGGAUCAGACCGGAUUCAAUUUUGACUUUCGCAUGGCCUACAAGACGAUUCGACGCUCCGACGCCGUCGUGCGAUACAAUAAUCCCUUCGUGGUCGUGACCAACCCACCGACCAAACCGCCGACCACAACGACGCCCAGUCCAACAACAAACUCGACCGCGCACGUUCCAACGAACAAUGCAUCCUCGUCUGUAUCGCCGGGGCUAACUUCGAAAACAACCAAAUCGCCGUUAACGAGCAAAUCGACCAGAGCCCCGACGACUUCUGUGCCUCCGACGAGCUCGAUUUCCACGACGCCGCCGACGACGACGUCCAAGCCCACGCGCAAGCCCAGCAGCGAGCAGUAUCUAGGCGAGCUCAUAUCCGGCACCUACUGCUCGAAGACGUUCAGCGAUUGCGAUAAGAAGAGGUGCAGGCUGCAGUCGCCGAACUUUCCGGGCCUCUAUCCGCGCAACCUCACCUGUUAUUAUGCGAUACGACAGCACGAAGUUCCUGAAGGAAAGCAUCCCUUAAUAUCGGUGAGACAGACUCGAGGUCAGUUGAUUGCUGUGCGAUCGAAGCCGCCUUCGCAGGCCGAGCCACCGCCGAGGGAGCUCCGCCUCUGGGAUGAUUGCGACAUAGUCAAGGAUCACGUAACGAUCUACGACGGUUAUAAUACGAUGGAGCCGGUAAUACUGAAGUUUUGCGGGGGAGGCGAGCCCUUGCCCGAGGUAGUCAGCAGCGGCAAGGACCUGCUGGUCGUGUUCACGACCUCGCCUUACGGGACUUUUCUUCAUCCAUCAUCGCCGCACUCGCUUCAUGGCUUUCAGCUGGACGUGCAGGUGAAAUUCGUGGACGCCAACUCGUCGUCGUUCACGCGAAACAAGCGCUGCGAAUUUUGGCUACGAGGAAGCGAGGGUGGCGUGCUGACCUCGCCCCGUCACUCGCUGCCGCGCAACACGACCUGCCUGUACCAUCUUCGCGGCGAGGACACGAGCUUUCCGUCGCCCACGUCGCCCCGUCCCAUACCGAAGUUCCCCACCAAGGCCGACAUCAAGUGGGGUCGCCAGCAGCCCCUGCAGCCGACUCCGCAAUUUCGAGUCUGGCUGUCGGUGCUCAAGUUCCACGUGGCCAACAGCCUCGCCCCGGCGGCCGACGACGAGUGCUCGACCAGUCUGAAAAUAUGGGACGGCGAUAUGAUGCCUUUGUCGACGGGCGAGUGCAACGAUAUCGCUUGCGAGAAACAAAACGAGAAGCUUCUGGGCAGCAGCAGCGGUAGCAGUAUCAGUGGCAGCGGCAGUGCCGUAGCCAAAAUCAACGGCAGCAGAGCCGCCACCGGCCACGGGGCCAGCGGCAGGCUGUCGAGCAACGCCACCCUCAUGGCCCGCUACUGCAAGGACAAAGUGCCGCGCAGCUGCGACCACGUGAUUCUGCAGAACACCAGCCGACCGUGCAGCCCGGCCGAGAGUUUCAUUUCCUCCAGCGGCAGCCUGACCAUCGAGCUUUUCGUCUCCGAGACUACUGCCCUCAGGCCACUCGACUUCCGAGCCCUCUUCGAAUUCGUCGACCUCUACCAGGACGGCGAUCCGUACGGCGAUACGCCCUGCUCCCGGAUCUUCUACAGCCGGAACCGCGACACCUACCCAGACCGGAGAUUCCGCGGGCCAAGGGACAUAUUCCUUUAUGGACGAGGCGGAGCGAAAAAUUUAACCUGCGUGUACCGCUUCGAAGCCGAGCACGAUGAGGUCGUGAAACUGCGCUUCAACAAAUUACUCAACGGCAACCGGUCCUGCCGGAGCGUAUCCAGCCCCGACUACAAUCGUCUCAUCUGCGUCGGCUCCAGUAGCUUCUCCGUCAAAGUAAUGGAAUUGCCGUGGCCCAAUGCACCGGCGAUCCAGCGCGACUGCUUCUGCUCGAAUCGCUCGCUACCCAUGAACUUCAAAUCCAAGUCAAACAUCGUCGAGGUGCACUUCGCCGUUCACUCGAUGACUUCCCUCGACGACUACAAGAACGUCUAUUUCGAGGGUACGUGGGACUUUGCGAAGGCCACGCCGUGCGUCGACAAGCGGCGCGUUCGAGGACCCUCGGGCGAGAUAAAAAAUCACUCGCCCAGCGAGGACGACGGAGACCAAUACUGCGCGAGCCAUCCGUGGCUCAUCGAGCCCGGACAGGACCAGUACCUCUACGUCAAGCUGCCCGGGGCGUACGCCAACAAUCGCACCAAGUGCGAGACGAAGAAUCGCAUCGUCGUGCACACGGCCGGGAGGCUGCGCGCCGCCGUCUGCCCCAGGCCCUCCGAGAGCAUCAGGGGCAACGUCGUCGAGGUGUUCAGCGAGGGCUGGAACAUACCCCACGGCAGCAAUCCGUUCCAGCUGCCUCUGGUGGUACAGGAGGCGCCCAAGAGCAUUGCCAUCGAGUACGUCAUGCACGAGGAGGACUACUACAGCGUCACCUGGCUCGAGCUUACCCGCAGGCCUGCCGUGAUCGCGGCGCUGGCGGGCAUGCGACUGGACUUUGACUGCGAGCACCGCUGCCCCGAGCUGGACGCCUGCAUCAACGGCUCGCUCUGGUGCGACGGCACGAGCCAGUGCCCGACCGGCUACGACGAGGCCCUGACCCACUGCUCGAUCCUGCUGCAGCUGCCGCCGAUGCACCUGGGCCUGGGGGCCAUCGCCUUCAUCUCGAUCGGCGGCCUGCUGUGCAUCGCCUCGUGGCGCAUCUGCCACCCGGGCCAGGCGGGGCCCGGCGGCGUCGUCGGCUCGCGGCUCCACCCGCAGCGCCGCCUCAAGAGCAUCAGCUCCGAGACGGCCAUCAUCGACGGCAAGGAGGUGAUUUGCUGACACAGCGAGAGUUCCGUGCGCUACGUCGAGAUCGAUCGCGUCACCACGGUCUGACGCACUCGACCUGAGACCAGCGUCAUCGGCGACGACCACGACCACCACUGCCACGGACAUCUGCUUCGGCGUCGCUUCCUUCGUCGGCUCUUCUCCUACUAAGCGCCUUCGUAUUUCGGGGGUCACGUUAAGAGAGAAAAUUGAAAGGCAGAGACAAGACGAACGAAGCCAAGUACGAAGAGUCAACGGUACGUGAACGUCGUUGUCGUCGAUGAACGCGAUUCUGCGUACGGAACUCGUCUCGGAACACAAGCAUAUACCGUUCUGAAGCGAUUCCACUGAAUCCUCAUUGGAAAAUCGAUAACUGGAGCUUUUGGGAUUACACGUUACGACGAAUUUAAAUAUCGUCGUCGGGUGUAACGACGCGAGUUCGAGAGUAAUCUCGGCAGUAUUGAGUUUGUUCCUUUUUCGCUGUGCGCGCAUAAUUUUUUUACCAUGAUUUAGGAUCGCUCGUGAGCCUGAGAGUGUUAUAUAGUCUGCGUGCGUGAGUGUGAAAAUUGAUGACGAAAUGCGCGCGGGACGAGACACGUAUGACGUCCGCGAGCCCGUCGCGCAGCACACACACACUUUUUAUUAUCUUUCGAAAGACGCCAUUGGUCAUUCGACAUUUCACUAAACGCGAUAUGCCGCAUCUAUACGAGGAUGAAACUAUUCGAGAGCGAUUUAUUCGAAGCUGACGUUUUUCCGACUGGGCGUAUAUAGUCGGUUCUUCGAAUGAAUCGCGCAGCAUGUAGUAGAUAAUAAUUCAAGUACAACAAAAGUAUAGUUUCAACAAAUUAUCGACUCUCCUAUUAUACCACUACUGCAUUUCAACGAUUGAAAUAUUAUGCUUAGAGGCAAAACGAAUGGUUAUGGGGGAAAAAUUACGAUAAAAUAUAAAUAAUUAAUAACAACAAUAAUACGUGAAUAAUAAUUAAUAUUAAUAAUAACAUAGCUAGUCGAAACUUAUGUGAUAAACUAAUUAAGCGAAGAUUGACAAUUGAAGAAUGCACUGAAUACUUGACUCAAGUAUGAGCGUUUCGCUGUUUUCCUGUAAUACAUAAAGGAGCUGUGCUCCAAAAUUCUUCAGUCCGCCGAGACACACGCG